CAUGAAAUGUCUUAUCUGCAUGGUUAGUGGGUUGUAAGCUACAGGCAUAAACGCCCCAUGGCAACACAGUCCGGUCCACACAGCCUGACCCCUGGUGGUGAGGAGGAAUAGUGCAUGAGGCCAGAACCAUAGACUGUCUGUAAAAAGGCAGGGACAGACAGCAGGCGUGACUCAGUACCGUACUGUGAUUGGAUUGUUUGGCUGGACGGUGAGCAACGAAGCGAAACAGAGAAAGAUUUUUAACCCUAAGACGAGAGGUUAAUGCGGUAACUGACUUCCUUAAUCAUUCUGAGAAGCCUAAAACCAUCCGAGCUGACUGCUGGUGUUGACACUCCCUCUGGCUGCUCUUCUGCACUUUCCAGUCCGACGAGACGAAAUUAAAUCCAAAGAAACAGCCUGUUUUCUCAGCGGACUGGCAUGGCGAAUAACCUUGUCGCCAAGUUGUUUCGUCGUCCUGUGUUCACACAGCUCGCGUCUCUCCGGUCGGGCUGCGUGUCCCGGCGGAGGGCGGCAGCGGCAGUGGCGGGGACCAGACAUUUCUCCAGCGACCCUCCACCGGAGAAAAUCAGUCGCUAUCCAGUUCCUUACAAGAAAGACUUACCUUAUGAUAUAGUGGAGCUCAUGGAGGAAGUGGAGUCUAAGGGAGGCUUUUUGCCAAAUGUCUUCAAAGUCCUCUCUCAUAGACCAGCAGAGUUCAGAGCUUUCUUCGCAUACUACAAUGAACUAAUGAACAAGGAGACAGGCAGAUUAACCAAGGCAGAUCGUGAGCUGAUUGUCGUGGCAACCAGCAUCCACAACAAGUGUCUUUAUUGUGUGGUAUCCCACAGUGCACUUCACCGAAUUUACUCUAAGAAACCCACUCUUUCCGAUCAGGUCAUUGUUAACUAUGAGAAUGCGGACCUGGGACCUCGGGAGCGUGCCAUGCUGGACUUUGCGCUGGCUGUGUGUUGCUGCGACGCCAUCACAGAACAGCACUUCCAGUCUUUGGAGGAAGUGGGUUUUGACCGUGAGGAUGCCUGGGACAUCGCUGCCAUUGCCGCCUUCUUUGCCAUGUCCAACCGGCUCGCCCAUCUCACCGACAUGAGGCCAAACCUAGAAUUUUACAAUAUGGGCCGUAUACCACGGGACAAGAGUAAGGACAAGGCAGGGGGAGAGAGCAAGUGAAAGGGGGGUAAUGUAACAGACAAGAUUAUAAGAGGUCAAAGGUCACAUGUGACAAUGUAAUAUGUAACAUGUAACAAUAUGUUUCACACUGUAGCUAGAAGUGUCUCAUUUCCGUUUCAUAUUUUUGCUUUCCUCUCGCAUGUGAAAAACCUGAUCUUUUACAGCUUAUGUUGAAAUGAGGCGCAGUAUCAGAUCAACAGGUGUGACACCUGAAAGCAGUUAAAUUUGAACAUGAACACUGCAGUGAGUGUGUCCUGACAUCAUAACUCAGGCACUCCAGCAACUGUACUGACUCAGUGGUGACAUGGAUGACAGAUAGAGACUGACAUGAAAAGAAAGCAAGAUGAGCUCAUCGAUAAUUUAGUAAAUGUUUUAAUCCAAUCAAAAUUCUCAUACUGUAUGUGUAGUUUUCUUAAUCUGAAAACCUACAUGUGAAUGACUCUGGCCUUAAAAAACUGUGAUGAGUCAAAUGAUAAAAAAAGAAGUGCCAGCGGGACUGUUGCUGUUACGACAGAUAUUGUUUUAUUCUUGGCAUGUGAUGGGGGCAAGUUUAUAUUUUGCAAUUGUGCAUUAAACUUAAUGAUUGUACUUCAUGAGAGAAUUUACAAAAUAUGACAGUUGUGCUUUAACUCCCAUAACAAGGUUAGUUUGUAUAUUAAAACCUAUGAAAAAUAAUCACCUGCAAUUCAGAAACUCAUGGCGGCUCUUUAUUUCCUUGUUUAGGAAAUGAAUAGAAAGAACUCUUUGUUAUGAUGUGCGGCAUAACUAGUUUUCUAGAGCUAACUAGAGCCUCCUCUUUGCCUUCUAAGUAAACUAUAGUUUUCUUGGCGGUAAGUGAGAUUUAACACUUGUUUUUCUGGCUUCACCACUUAGCUCUCUCAAAUAAAGGAAGAAUUUUUGAGAAUAAUUAAUUUUGAUCAAAUCAUUUGUAUCACAAUGAGUCAAUAUUGAGACUGUGUAACACCACCAGGUGGCAUCACAUCCAUAUACAUAUUGGAAUGGCUUAAAUUGAAAGGAAAAUGAAGUUGAAGUUCCUCAGAGGCCUCUUAUCCCACAAACAUGAAUAGGAUCAUGCAUGAUCUAGCUUAAUUUUCCCCCAAAGUUUUUUUUCUGUGCAACCUACUUCUAAUAUUUAUGUUCCUGUGCCAUGUGCUUUCUAAAAUGACACAAGUCACACAUGACUCCAGGCAUCACCAGAAGGUUCACUUUGGUGUGCUUGUGCAAGUGAUGCCCCGAGUUCCACGCGCUCGGUUGUGGUGAGACUACGUCUUUGAGUGCAUUUGAAAACUGCCAUCCUCACUUGAAUAUUUAGGAGAUAUUCACACUUGAGGAAAAAGUGUCAUUUGAUAUCAGACUGUGAACAGAGCUGUGAUUUCAGACCAAAGACACUCAAAUGAUGUAUCAGUGUUAACACGUUAAGCAACAGUCUGAAAGUCAUUCAAAACCUUAAAGUCAUCCAGACUGGGGAUUUAUUUAAGUGGAAUGGUUAUAAACACACGUGUUAGACUCCUCUGACAGAGCUUGAGACCCAUUGCUAAACUAUGCGAAAGACAAUCUGCUGACAUCACUGAAAGUCAUUUCACUGUCAGUUUUCUCCCCAGGCCUCUCCUGUCCUGUUCCUCUCACACCAAUAAAGUGUCUUAUG